AUGGCACGCGUGAAGCAGAAUUCUCGCACCAAGGACACUCCGGCAUCGGCUCGUCACUCUACAUCUCGCGUGGGCCGUCUAGCCGUGUCUGUUCCUCCUCUCCCGACCGCUACCGCAACUCCAUCGUCUACCAUGAUGCAACAACCGACUCCAUCAACGGCCCUCAACAACGUGCCCACGGCCUCGUCUCGAGCUACCGUAAAGCAAACCCUCGCCACGCUCCAGGAUCAAAUCAAGGCUCUCCUAUCAAACGAAAAGGACCAGGAAAAGUACGCGUGGCAUCUGCGGACCAUCGGAAAGAACGCCGGCAAGGAGGAGAUUCGCGCCAGGAACAUCGUGGCGAUGCGGGCUUUCCUGGAGGAUCUGGAGAAGAAGGAGCAGGUUGUGAAGAAGCAUAAUGAGUGGGCCGCUAAGAAGGCUGAGAUUAGCACCGGGAUGGAGUAUCCGCGGUUUCCGGACCUGGAGGGCGAUGGUGAGGCUGUGGAGGACGUCCAGCAAGAUGCGAGUGCGAGUGCGGACGAUGAGGCGAUGGGCGAUGCCGACGAGAACGACCGCGCCGACGAGAUUGACCAGGACGUUGCAAUGGGCGAUGACGACGGAGCCAGCGGCGCCGAUCUCGAUGCACGCUCUGACACGACUACUACUCAGCGAGGACCGGCGGGCAGGAACAGGAACGCCGUCAAGCUCACCCUUCGUCAAGAGUGGGCAAACCACGAGGACUACACCCGCGUUAAACAGAUGGUGGAAGAAAUCCUCACCGAGAUCAAUGGCUUUCUGUCCGAGACAGAAUGGUCCGCUUACAAGGCGCUGCUUCACGAUGCGGAGCACGCCAGCUCGGCCCAGACCCUUUUUGAUAAGAAGCGCUUUCUUCUCGCCAACUGGAUCAUGGGUACUCACCCGGAUGUCAUGCCGUUGCACAAUAAGUGGGUGGGUGUGCUGAAGGAGAUGAUGGGCAACCGGGAGUGUCGGUUUCCGGUGUUCGACCCGGAGCACUAAGCUGGGCUGGGCGGAUGCACUCUUACCGAAGUAGACGUGCCGCUCUUGGUGCUCUUGGAGGAGGCGUUGAACUUGAUUGAUUUGGACUGGUGGGUCUCACUGCGAGGGAUGGAUUACACGGG